CGCAAUACAUACAACUUGUAAGCAUGGGUCAGAGCCCAUUGAUUAGCUACCAGAGGAUUUCAUACAUAACAUACAAACAAACAUAUAUAUCAAUAUCUAUAUAUAUACACGCGCUAUUACAAACUUCGACGUGUCCAAACAAUGGAACCCCUUCAAAAAUUUUCCUUCCUGAUCAUCAUCUUCUUCGCCAUCCUCUCUCCAUCUUUCUCAGACCGCUGCAACCCAGAAGACAAAAAAGUUCUCCUCAAGAUAAAAAAAGCACUACACAAUCCUUACCACCUUGCCUCAUGGAACCCAGAAGUCGACUGCUGCAUAUGGUACUCACUCAAAUGCAGCCGCACCACCAACCGAGUAUAUAAACUCACCAUCUUCGCCGGCCAGAUCAACGGUCAAAUCCCGGCCGAAGUCGGCGACCUUCCCUUCCUCGAAACCCUAAUGUUCCACAAACUAACCAACAUCACUGGCCCAGUCCAACCCGCCAUUGCCAAACUCACCAACCUCAAGUACCUUGAUCUUAGCUGGAAUCAUCUCUCCGGCCCAGUUCCCGACUUUCUCAGCCAGCUCAAGAACCUAAUCUUCUUGGAUCUUUCAUUUAAUCAACUCUCUGGGUCUAUCCCAAGCUCGCUCUCCACCCUUCCAAACCUUACAUCCAUCCGCCUGGACAGAAACAAUCUCACCGGUCAAAUACCGAUGUCCUUCGGUUCCUUCGCCGGAGAAUUUCCAUACUUAAUCCUGUCUCACAACAAGCUUUCCGGCAGCAUACCGGCAUCAUUGGGUAAAAAGGACUUCGGCAACCUUGAUUUGUCGAGGAACAGGCUCGAAGGCGAUGCGUCGAUGGUGUUCAACUCCAAAACCAGGUGGAUUGAUCUGUCGAGGAACUUAUUGGAGUUUGAUUUUUCGAAAGUGGAGUUGUCGGAGAACUUAACAUGGUUGGAUCUGAACCAUAACAAGAUUACAGGGAGUCUGCCGGAGUCAGCGAUUGUAAGCUUGCAGUUCUUGAAUGUGAGCUACAACAGACUGUGUGGAGAGAUCCCAGUCGGCGGCGAUUUACAGAGGUUCGAUUACACUGCGUAUUUUCACAAUCGGUGCUUGUGCGGUGCUCCUCUUCCGCCCUGCAAGUGAUUUACAGAGAUUCAAACUGCUGCAAGUUUGUAUUUAAUUUUUACAUUUCAUGAAAUUCUAAGAGGGAAAUCGUGUGUGGUAAGGGGGCUAUGUAUUUUAAGAAAUUGUUUUAUGAUUAUAAUGAACGUGAAGAUGAUCAAUAAACUUUUUUACGGAA